UAUGCACAUCCAAAAGCCCCUAGCAUUACCAGGGCCCUACUCCUUUUUGUUUGACCUGUGUAAGUCCUCAAUCAGGUGAUAGGCAACAAUGAAAGCUGACCCAAUUUCGAUAAUGGUCAGAUCGAUUUGCCCACAGUUUUCCUAUCCUUUCCCCCAGCUCUCGUACCUUCCCGUGUUUGAUUUCUGGAGCAUGCUACCAAUCUUCAGAGCAAUCUCCAGUUCAGGAUUGGAUGAUACCGCAUAUGUAUGGGUUUUGCGCAGCAGUUGAAGGAAAUGGCUUCACCGGCCAAAGAGCGCCAAGGCCGAGCGGCUUUCGCGAGCUUCACACGCUCAAUGCGCGCCACAAGGUAGAGAAAAUCUUGUUUUGCAUGUUGUAAACACUCCAUUCGUGUCCUCACCUCCUGCUGCGGCAGCACAAGUUCCUCUGUCGUCUGCAGUCAUCUCUAGUAUCAUCUAUGGACUUCCCGUUAAGGCUGAGCUCCGGCCAGCAGAAUCCCUACCCCGGCGGCAUCUACGUCUACGGCGUCUCCUGGGACGAGCCCAUCCUCAGCCACGGCAUUCAGCUGGUACUGGAAGAGUUGAAGAAGAGCAGAUGCGUUGCCGGUGAUGCCGUCCGCUUGCACUUUCCCGAUCGCGAAUUGUCGGACUUCGGGUGCCACAACUACAAUGAACCCAUAAUGGGUCCAUUGGAAAGCUUCGAAGAAUGGCUGAAGGCGACGGCUAAAGUCAAGAGGGAGACCACGGCGGAAUUUCUCGCCAGAGAGCUCGAGCGGAAGAAGCUGAUCCUGUGCUUCUACGCCGGCCACGGUGGACUUAACCUUCAGCAGGAUAGUUUCAUCGCGGCAAGUUCCAGUACAGGCGGGGGUCACUUCUUCUCUCUGACGGAGCUCGUCUACACGACUGUCCACUACCCGUCUGCCGACUUCAUCUUCUUCCCACACUGCUGUCACGCGGACAGGCUGAGUGCGACGCUCGGUCCGCCGUCCUCACUCUCCAUGUCGUCUCCACACAACGUCGACAUCAUCACCGGCUGCUCAGGCGUUGGCAUCUCUAGCCGAAGCCCGUGGGACCACUUUGCCAUGCUGGCUGAAUACUGGAGAGCCAAACGAGAGCUGGUGUUGAACGCUGAGAACUACGACACGGUUGCCGAACUCCACCACAAAAUCAUGGCUUUCAUGAGGCUGCCGGGCUUUGUUCUGCCUGUUUGGCACCACCUGUGCGGAAAAGCGAUGGGCAACAAUGUGAUCCCGCUUGGUUAAAGAGUGUUUGCCGCCGGAUGAGACAGCUGGGCGAAGACGUUGAGCAGUGUUUGCGGGAUGUAAUUGCUCUGCGAAGUCGCUGGUGAGUUUAUACAGACAUACCCAAAUUCGCUGC